AACCACCUAUAGUACCAACAAAAUGAAAUUCAUGAUUGUCGUAUCUUUAAUUUGCUUGGCAACAUUUGCCAAUGCUGGUAUCCUCUUGGGACACCACGGUCAUGAUGACGGUCAAUGGCGCGGCGAAGGACUUUUAGAAAGUCAAUGGUACGGCGAUCAUGAAACUCAUGGUAUAAUUGCUGCUCCUCUUCUUGCUCAUGGUCAUGGACAUGCUACAAUCGUAGGACCCUCUAGCCACGGUAUUGUUGCUGGACCCGUAAAUCAUGGUGCUACCCUUGUUGGCCCAUCUCACCAUGCUUCAGUUGUUGGACCAGUUGACCUUGGAGCAACCCUUGUUGGACCAUCUCAUCAUGCUUCCGUAGUAGGACCAGUUGACCUUGGAGCAACCCUUGUUGGACCAUCCCAUCAUGCUUCCGUAGUAGGACCAGUUGACCUUGGAGCAACCCUUGUUGGACCAUCUCAUCAUGCAUCCGUAGUAGGACCAGUUGACCUUGGAGCAACCCUUGUUGGACCAUCCCAUCAUGCUUCAGUUGUAGGACCUACCAAUUUAGGAGCUCACCUUGUCGCACCCUCAGUUCAUGGUAUUGUUCAUGGAAGCCACAGUCAUGGAACCAUCCUUCUUGCUUCUUCGUCCCUCCAUCACCAUUAAAUCUUAAGCUUAUCAUUCACUAUGAGAUUUGUUGUUACACCAUGAAUUAAUUAAGUACCGUAUACCGAUACAC